AUGUCCGACCCCACAGCAGCAGCCGUUGAUCCUCAUGACCCUUCGGUCGAUGUCCCCAAAGGUCGCAAAGCCUUUAUUCCGCUAGAAUGUAACCCCGAGUUGAUGACCACCCUUGUGCACAAUCUGGGGUUAACUCCAACGCUUGCGUUUCACGAUGUCUUCUCCAUCUCGGAGCCCGAGCUCCUUGCAUUCGUACCGAGACCAGCCCUUGCCCUACUUCUCGUUUUCCCUGUCUCCGAGAGCUACGAGAAGUUUCGGCGCGAUGAGGAUGAAAGCAGGCCCGAAUACAACGGCAAGGGCGAGGGAGAGGACCCGGUUUGGUUCAAACAGACGAUCCGAAAUGCUUGCGGCAUGAUAGGCGUCUUACAUGCAAUCUCUAACGGCGCUGCCCGAGACAUGAUCGAGGCCGACUCCCCCAUCGGUAGACUGCUUGCCAAGGCACUCCCACUCCCCCCACUGGAUCGUGCCAAGGUCCUCGAAGAUUCUCGGGAACUCGAAUCGGCCCAUAAAUCCGCAGCUACCCAGGGAUCAUCUCUUGUCCCAGAUGCAGAGGCCGAUGUGGACCUGCACUACGUCUGCUUUGUCAAAUCCAAGAGCAAUCAUCUCUAUGAGCUUGACGGAAGAAGAAAGGGACCGCUGGACAGGGGCUUCUUGGGCGAUGAUGACGUCUUUAGUGAGAAGGCUCUCAAGGUCGUGCAAGACUUUAUCGACAGAGAAAAAGAAAGCGGAAGGCUAGACUUCAGUCUUGUUACUCUGGCACCAAGCUUAGGUUAA